UUGGGUCAGGCUCUGGACUGGACGCCCCUAGAUGCGGGGGCCUCUGGGCAGUUGGAGACCCACGGAAGAUGGUAGCGAUGGCGGCUGAGCCUGGCAGAUGGCGGCUCAGGCAGGCGUUAGGGCUGCGUUUGCUAUUGGCCACUGUGCUUCAAGCGGUGUCUGCAUUGGGGGCAGAGUUUUCAUCAGAGGCUUGCAGAGAAUUAGGCUUCUCCAGCAACUUGCUGUGCAGUUCUUGUGAUCUUCUUGGACAGUUCAACCUGCUUCAGCUGGAUCCUGACUGUAGAGGAUGCUGUCAGGAAGAAGCACAAUUUGAAACCAAAAAGUUGUAUGCAGGUGCUAUUCUCGAAGUCUGUGGAUGAAAAUUGGGGAGGUUCCCUCAAGUCCAAGCUUUUGUCAGGAGUGAUAAACCCAAACUCUUCAGAGGACUACAGAUCAAGUAUGUUCGUGGUUCAGACCCUGUACUCAAGCUUCUAGAUGACAGUGGGAACAUUGCUGAGGAACUAAGCAUCCUCAAAUGGAACACAGACAGCGUGGAAGAAUUCCUCAGUGAAAAAUUGGAACGCAUAUAAAUCUUGCUUAAAUUUUGUCCUAUCCUUUGGUACCUUGUCAAAUGAAAUAUUAUAGCACCUAGAAGAUAAUUAAGUUAUGCUUCCUUCUUUGAUCAGUCUUUUACUGUGAGGCACUAAACAUCUAAUUAAAAGUUGAAGUGCAGCACAGCCCAUGGUAUCUAAGGAGUUGGCAAGGUUAACAAAACCUAUUUUCUUUUAUAAAUUUCCAUCCUCCUCUACUUGUUGAUACCACUAACAAAUGCUUUAUAAAAGACUUGUGGUUAAUUAUGCAAAUGAUAGUUUGUGAUAAUUGGUCCAACUUUAUGAACAAUAGAUUUAUAAAUUAGGGAGGCUGAUAAUGGAGAUGAUUACUAUGCCUUCUGUGCUCUGUGCUCUUUGAAAGUGAUAACAGAAAACUACAAAGCAAGUAAGGGACACCAAGCCUCAACAUAUUGCCUACUCCUCCAUUUCUCUCAUAGUUUUGUAUUACUCAGCUUUCCUUUUAAUAGAAGUGUUAUUGUUUAUAAUGAAUGCAUUGCAUAAAAAUUUUAUGGCUUCAUUUUUGUGAAACAGAUUCAAGUUCUUCAGUAAGAAUGAAAUAUUCACAGAGACUUGCAUUAAUGAAGACUACACAGAAAACCUUGAGGAUUUGUGUGGUUCUGAUAUUAGCAUAUUUUUGUGCUUUACAUUCUUAUAGAAAAGUCAAUUUGAAAAUGAUCAUUUGUAACACCAAAAUAAAAAUAAGUUUCAAAAUACUA